AUGAAGUUCGCGAUCCUCUUCUUCCUUCUUGCUGCGGCAGCCAUCUCGGCGUUCGCCCAGGAUACUGCGCAAAAGUCGAAACGUCUCAGCAACUGGUAUGGAGAUGAUGGCGAGGAGAUCGACAAGGAAGACUACCUGCGCCGCUACUUGAUCACCAAGGCUCCGCCAUUGCUGUACAGAGUCAAGAACUCUGUCAACGACGCGCAAUUCGGAAUGGACAAACGCCGCAACCUUCUCGUCGGCCGUUACGGAUUCCGCAUCGGCAAAAGAUCGCUCGCUGGAAUUGAUUACAAGUAAGCUAUUCAGAGAAAGUACUCAGAAAUGAAACCAAUCAUUUACAGUGAUCCGGAGUUUUUCAACCCUUCGAAGUAA